AUGCCAAAGAAAAGGAGUAAAGAAAAUAAAGCUCAGGUUGACCAGUCUGAUUUACUGGAGUUAGCAAGCGUCAUCAGUCUGCAGAGCGAUGGGAGUGAGACGCCAGCUGCAUCAUCAGUUGAGGUUGAAGAUGAAAUGGCUUUGCAAUCAGUUCUCAGUAAGGUUUGCUCAGCAAUCGACUCGAUGGAGGAAAAGAGAACAGAAACUCGAGUUCAGGCAACGCGUUCACUAAUUGACUCUUUUCGGUCGCAUUAUUUCUGCUUGGAUGGAUCUUGGAACUACACUGAGACAUUGAUAACCAGCAUUGAGAAUAUUUUCAGGAAAGGUAAACCUCAAGACCAAGUAUUAGCUGCUGACCUGCUCACCGUAUUUUCUCUACAAAUUGAUCCACAUGAAGUUCCUAUAUGGUUUGAAAGGUUUUUUCCUCUUUUAGAACCUAUCAUACGUGACACUACAAAAGGUCGCAAACUUAGAGCUUCUUCAGCUAUAACUCUUUCAGUGCUUCAGUCUUUGUCAGACUACUGUGAUUUUGUUUCACCUUUAGAUGUCAUGAAAUCGUUUGAAUUUGUGUUUAAAAGCUCUACUGCCAAAAUUGACGUCAAAAUACCAUUUUCUGAAACAGAUUUAUCUGAUCUUUAUGUGGCAGCAUUGAAAGCGUGGACUCUGAUGUAUACAUUUCUAUCACCAUAUGAUGCAGGAAUUGUCGGGAAAGCUGUAAUUCCUGCUUUACUGUCCCUGCUUCAGUGUUCAAAUGUUGAUGUUCGAAUAAUGGCUGGUGAAGCCUCCGCUGUUAUUUAUGAGCGCAUUCGAAACGAAAUUGAUGAUAAAUUCAAAGGUCCUUAUUACAGUGAUCUUGUUCGUCUCCUCAGUGAAUUAGCAACAGAUAGUUCAAAAAACCGCUCAAAAAGUGAUCUGAAAAAGCAACGUCAUUCGUUUCGAGAACUUCUUGAAGCUGUUACACAUUCUGAUUAUCCUGAAACAACUGUAGACUUUGGUACUGAGGUUUUAACACUGACCUCUUGCGCUGCACACUUUCAUUAUGACUUUUUGUGCACUGUAUUAGGAAGUGGAUUAAGACGUCAUCUUCGUGAAAACCCGCAAGUUCGUGACCUUUUCGACCUUGGGCUACCUCUACUGACGCAGCAAACUGGAGCAAACCGUCGGGUUUUGAAAGAACAGAAAAAGAUGACCAAUAUGCUGGCAUCAAAGACCCGUACACAAAAACUAAAUGUACAUCGAGAUAAACGACGAGAAAUGCUUAAUGAACUCGAAUAA